AUGAUGACGUGCCGUCUGCUGUGCGCCCUGUUGGUGCUCGCCCUGUGCUUCUGCCGCCCGUCCGUGUGUGCGGAAGAGGCUCCGACGGCAAAAGAGUUAAAUAAGACUGAUGUAAGCGCCUCAACCCCACCGUCCAAUCCACUAGCCACAACGACCGGUAAGUCAGGGUUGUCAGGUUCGGGCUCUGGUCUGGACAAAGGAAAGAAUUCGCUAGGGAAAGCAGGUACGACCGGUCCGGAACCGCAACCAGGUGACGCACCCGAUACGGUACAGGGUGAAGAUAAGAGUAUGACAGGGAGACCAGAUGGCUCGAGACCAACCGCGGAUCAAACAAAUGAGAAAGCCAAAGAUCAUGCCGAGACGACCACGACUACAACAAUGGCACCAACAACUACAACGACUACUGCGCCAGAGGCACCAAGUACUACUACGACUACAGAGGCGCCAACUACGACGACCACCCGCGCAGCGUCACGUCUUCGCAGAAUCGACGGCAGCCUCAGCAGCUCUGCGUGGGUGUGUGCCCCGCUGCUGCUUGCCGCAUCCGCGCUGGCGUACACCACUCUGGGCUGA